CACAUGCGUGUCCGCUUGAAAAGCAGUCUCAUACCCUCUCUGUCUCUCUCUCUCUCUCUCUCUCACUUUGUCCUCCAAACUCAAGUGUCGGAAAGUUUGCUUCUUUUCCACUCUGAAUCACCCUAUUUAUUUUGGGUCUCUCAUCUUUCUUCUUCCUUCCAAGUUGUUUUUGGUGUUGGUGUUGGUGUUGAAUUGAGUUGAGAAGAAAAGAAGAGGUCAUAGACACACACACAAGACAUGUCUGCUGUUGAGUCAGCUGAACACAACAACAUCAGAGGAGUACCAACUCAUGGUGGACGCUAUGUUCAGUACAAUAUCUAUGGCAAUCUCUUCGAAGUUUCCAGAAAGUAUGUCCCUCCUAUUCGCCCUGUCGGUAGAGGUGCUUAUGGUAUUGUUUGCGCUGCUGUAAAUGCAGAGACAGGCGAGGAAGUUGCCAUUAAGAAGAUUGGCAAUGCAUUCGACAACAGAAUAGAUGCCAAAAGGACCUUACGGGAAAUUAAACUUCUUCGGCACAUGGAUCAUGCAAAUAUUAUGUCCAUUAAAGAUAUUAUACGUCCUCCACAGAAGGAAAACUUCAAUGAUGUGUACCUUGUUUCUGAGUUAAUGGACACAGAUCUGCAUCAAAUAAUUCGUUCCAAUCAGCAAUUGACUGAUGAUCAUUGUCGGUAUUUUCUGUAUCAAUUGUUACGAGGGCUCAAAUAUGUACAUUCAGCAAAUGUUUUGCACCGAGAUCUAAAGCCUAGUAAUUUGCUAUUGAAUGCCAAUUGUGACCUUAAGAUUGCGGACUUUGGUCUUGCUAGAACCACAUCUGAAACUGACUUUAUGACUGAGUAUGUGGUCACUAGAUGGUACCGAGCUCCCGAAUUGCUUCUUAAUUGUUCAGAAUAUACAGCAGCCAUUGAUAUAUGGUCUGUUGGUUGCAUACUUGGUGAAAUCAUAACAAGACAACCGCUCUUUCCUGGCAAAGAUUAUGUUCAUCAGCUGAGACUUAUCACAGAGCUGAUAGGUUCGCCGGAUGAUGCCAGCCUUGGAUUUCUACGAAGUGAUAAUGCUCGUAGAUACGUAAAACAGCUUCCGCAGUAUCCAAAACAAAACUUUUCUGCUAGAUUUCCCACCAUGUCUCCUGGUGCGGUUGACUUGCUAGAGAAGAUGCUCAUCUUUGAUCCAAACAGGCGUAUUACAGUUGACGAGGCGUUGAGCCACCCAUACAUGUCACCUCUCCAUGACAUCAAUGAGGAACCUGUUUGCACCAGACCUUUCAGUUUUGACUUUGAGCAACCAUCAUUCACUGAAGAAGACAUCAAGGAACUCAUCUGGAGAGAAUCUGUGAAGUUCAAUCCUGCAACCAUAUAUGUUUAGUGAAAUAUCUGAUGACUAAUAUAUACAUUUUAUGACCACUACUUGGCAAGUUGCAGCGCACAGAAGAUAUGAAAACGUAUUGGAGAUACUGAGAUUCACUGAGUUUGUUGAAGGUUUCUUUCGUUUUAGUCUCAUCUCAGAUACUUGGAUAAUCAUAUUGUUGAGAUGUACUGAGGAAAGAAAGGAUCAAAAUAUGUUUCAGCAGAAUAUCCUAAAGCUCCAACUCCUUGUUGUACUUCUAUCCUUCUUUUUAGAUUCAAGGUCCAUAGUUUAGUGCAUUGAACUGUUCUUGCCAGUUUUUCCUAUCCUUUACAUCAAGAAAAAUUCACAAGAAAACUUUUAAUUUGUGGGGACAGACAGUAUCUCAUAUUCCCAUUGUAUGACAUUUAAAUUAAAUUAAAUGUAAUGGUUUGUUAGAGUAUUCCAAA